UAGACAACGUUGGUUAAAUUCCCGUUUUGUAACGCUAUUUACUGUAAGAGUCGAGUGCCACAUUUCCCUGCAGAGAUUUGGAUCGAUUUAUUGCUUCAGCAUCGGCUACAGCCAUGGCUUCGUCGGCACCACCAGAGUCGUCCUCCACCGCCCAAAAUGCAAGGAAGCCGCUUGGAUUUAUGAAAAACGCAGUGAAAUACAAACACAACUUCAUUCAGUUCUUCGCGAUGACCGGGAUUUUGCUUUUGAGCGUCCGAUCUUUGGGCCAGAAGUACCGCAUCCACGACCUCCAGGAGGAUACAGCAGCUCUCAAGCAAGAGCAACAAUCUCUUAAUGAUCGGAUGAGCAACAUAAAACGUGGCCUCCUCCACGAGGCCUCUCUCGAGCCCUCUGGACGCUUUGCCUCACGGCUCCGCCUGCUCUUUGGUGACGAUAAUUAAACUCUUCUAAUCCCACUGUCUAGUAUUUUCCUUGAAAAUAUCAUAUCUUUAGUAUCUCCACCUUACGUCAAGAGAAUGCACUGAAAUUUUAGGUUUUUAAAUUUUGCACUUUUGCUCUUUGCGUAAUAAUAUAUAUUUAGAAUUUUCCUGAAUCAUUUCAAAGAAAGUAAUCGUUCUUGAAUUUGCGAAAUGCUCUUUGCUUUCCUUAUGUUUAUGUUUCUGGUUGGGUUUAUCUGAGAAAAGAAUUUUGAUUAAAUUUCUGUUGAUUGGUGUUUCAGCUGGUCUCCUUGUUUGUAAUCGAGUUUAGCACUUUAAUUUGAAGUGUUUAUUCAUUGAGCUAAAUAGAAAUGAUAUUAUGGUUUGUGUA